AGCAUCCAGCAGCUGCGCCUCUCUCAUGCCUUUCCUGACGCCGAGUGAAGCCUCCCAUACAGAUGAGCACUGGAAGCAACGCACCUCUUGACGUAGCCAUACAGACCGGUUGCGGUGCCACACUCGGUGUGCAAUACGUCCGUACAGCACGUAUUGCGCAACGUGACUGAUGCUCUGUACUGGCUCGGUACGGUGGAAACCACAGGGGGAAAAAAGCGGUCUCAUUGGCGAGGAGCUGUGGAUAAAACCCGUCGGCCGACCGGACCGAAGGACCGGACCCUCCCCUCGUCAUUUGCCACAGGGAGAGAUGAGCCGACUCGCCGUGUCGCUCGUGAUGUGACUCGGUAAUUCGCGUUUGUACGUAUGGAGAUAAGCAGCCUCUGAGGACUUCAUCCAUCGGAAAAGUGAAGACUGGGAGAAUUGGGCUGUUUUGCGGCGACAGGGGGAGUGAUGAGAGCUUCAUCUGACAGCUCGCAGCCGACGCAGCAUCCGCGGCGUGAGCUCUGACCACAGCUGGAUUUGAUGAGCUACGUCCGUGGGUGCGGAACCCUCGACAGAACCCGUCUGUCCUCACUCGUUUUUGUUGCGUUUUUACUGAGUACUGUUUAAAACAUUAUAGGCCACUGGAGGUAAGAGUGUGGUUUUGAAUAUAUUUUUAUUUUUAUUUAUUUAUUUAUUUUUAAAGACCGGCCUCUUUGCAGUUCAUUCCCCGCUCCUGGCCGCGCGUCUUACCCGUCUGCCUCAUCACAUCCUCCGCGGCGUCUGGGAGCCGUCAGCCGCCCGGCAUUUUCGCUAAUUCUCCUACAUGACAGCUCACACUGAAGGCUAAUUUACACUAUUUAACUUACCUUCUGUGAAAUACAGAGACUGAAUUAGUCGACGAGAAGUGCCGCGUCUAUGCGCCUCCGUCGCACCGCCCCGGAAAGGACUUCUUGCCACUGAGAGAGCUGGAUAUGCCGAGAUUAACGUGAAAGGAUGGAUCUAAUUGUCGUUGUUUUGGGGCUGCUGGCGCUGGUCGUUGGAGGCAUCAGCUGCCAAGGAGUGUACGCACCUCCAACUGUCCGCAUCAUUCACUCCGGGCACGCCUGCAACGUUGAAGAGGAGAGGCACACGGAGAGGGUGUACACCAUCAGAGAAGGAGAGACGCUGGAGCUCACCUGCCUGGUGACAGGUCAUCCUCGGCCACAGAUCCGAUGGACAAAGACAGCUGGCAGCGUGUCGGAUCGCUUCCAGGACUCCAGUGUGUUCAAUGACACUUUGCACAUUGCGAAGAUCCAGAGGACACAGGGGGGUCGCUACUACUGCAAGGCUGAGAACGGCCUCGGUUCCCCAGCUAUUAAAUCAAUCCGAGUGGACGUCUAUUACCUCGAUAACCCGGUGAUUACGGUUCACCAGAGUAUAGGAGAAGCAAAGGAGCAGUUCUACUACGAGAGGACUGUGUUCCUGCGCUGUGUGGCCAACUCCAACCCGCCCGUCCGCUACAGCUGGCAUCGUGGGAGGGAGGUUUUGACGCAGGGAUCCGACAAGGGUGUGGAGAUUUAUGAGCCGUUUUUCACACAGGGGGAAACAAAGAUUCUGAAGCUGAAGAACUUGCGUCCUCAAGAUUACGCCAACUACAGCUGCAUCGCCUCUGUCCGAAAUGUGUGUGGGAUUCCUGACCGCAGCGUUAUCUUCGGACUCACCAAUAAGACAGCUUCUCCAUCUAUCAAACUUCUGGUGGAGGAUCCAAUCGUGGUUAAUCCUGGCCAGACUGUGUCGCUGGUCUGCAUCACCACAGGAGGAGAACCGCCCCCCAUCCUCACCUGGGUCAGCAGCAACGAUAGCCUGCCGCAGAGAAGCGUAGUGAAGGGGGGCACGCUCACACUGCCCGCCAUCACCUCGGACGAAGCCGGGAUUUACAGCUGCGUGGCCAGCAACAACGUGGGAAACCCGGCCAAGAAGUCCACCACCAUUGUGGUGCGAGCUCUGAAGAAAGGACGGUUCUGGAUCACCCCUGACCCUUACCACAACGAUGACAACAUCCAGAUUGGGCGUGAAGUCAAGAUAUCCUGUCAGGUGGAAGCGACGCCGCCAGAGGAGCUGACAUUUAGCUGGCUAAAGAACGGCCGUGCCCUUCGGAGUUCAGAGCGCAUGGUCAUCACUCAGACGGACCCCGACAUCUCGCCCGGGACCACCAACCUGGACAUCAUAGACCUGAAGUUUACCGACUUUGGCACGUACACCUGUGUGGCUGCGCUAAAGGGCGGAGGCAUUCCUGAGAUCAGCAUCGACGUCAACAUUUCCUCCACAACUGUCCCUCCUCUGUUUUUCUCUUUCUUAGUUCCUCCCAGCCUGACAGUCCCCCGGGGCAAGUCCCCCCUGGUGGCCCGUGAGGGUGACACAGUGGAGCUGGAGUGCCUUGUUUCAGGGAAGCCCAAGCCCAUCAUCCUGUGGUCCCGAGCAGACAAGGAGGCGCCCAUGCCCGACGGCAGCAUGCAGAUGGAGAGCUAUGACGGCGUCCUGCGGAUCGUGAACGUCUCCCGGGAGAUGACGGGGUCAUACCGCUGCCAGACCAGUCAGUACAACGGCUUCAACGUGAAGCCCCGGGAGGCUGUGGUGGAGCUGAUCGUCCAGUACCCUCCCACAGUGGAGCCUGUGCACAUGGAGGUCCGUCAGGGCCUGGGGCGGCCGGUGGUGAUGACCUGCAGGGUGCUGCGAGCCCACCCCUCUCGGGUGUUGCGGUUCGAGUGGCUUCUCUCAAACCGCCUGCUCCACGCCGGCGCCUUUGACCCACACAAAGACGAGACCGAGUACACGAUCCGCAGCCUGAACCGUGAAGGCUGGGGGGAGUACACGUGCAACGUCAUCAAUGAGGCCGGAGCAGGCAAAUGCACGUUCCAGGUGACAGGUAAAGCUUACCCUCCGGAGUUUUACUACGACACCUACAGUCCUCUGUGGCAAUACAGGCCGCGAGUCUACGGCUUCAAGCUGCAGUGGACCCAGAUGAACCCCGGGGCUGUGGACCGCAUCGUCGCCUACAGGCUCGGCAUCAGACAGGUGGGCUUGCAGCGCUGGUGGGAGCAGGAGAUCCCUGUAGGCGAUACCAUCGGCAAAGGGGAGCUAAUGACGCACAACCUCACCGAGCUGAUAAAACCCGAAUCGUACGAGGUGCGUCUCACUCCCAUCACUCGUUUUGGAGAGGGUGACUCCACCGUCCGGAUCAUCACCUACAGCGCUCCCAUCAACCCUCACCUGAGGGAGUUCCACUGCAGCUUUGAGGAAGAGCCGAUCUGCAUGUUUACCCAGGACAAGAACGAUGAUUUUGAUUGGACAAGGCACAGCGCCGCCACCCGGGACACAAAGUACACACCCAACACCGGCCCCAGCGCGGACCACACUGGAUCCAAGCAGGGUUUCUACAUGUAUAUUGAGACGUCCAGGCCACGUAAAGAAGGAGAUCAGGCACGGCUCGUAAGCCCCUUUUUCAACAUCGCACCCAAAAACCCUUACGGCAUCACCAACCCGCCUGCCUACUGCUUUGGCUUCUUCUACCACAUGUACGGGAAACACAUAGGAAAACUUAAUGCCUUUCUAAAGCAAAAGGGCCAAAUGACCUUAGAGGCUCCUGUGUGGUCACUAAGUGGUAACCAAGGUGACCGGUGGAAGCAAGCCAAAGUAAGCAUCCAUCCCACAUCGUCCUUCCAGGUUGUUCUCGAAGGCAUCCGGGGCCCGGGAAUCGAGGGGGACAUCGCCAUUGACGACAUCACGCUCGAAGAAGGGGAGUGUCGAGAUCCACCGCCCAAUAUCAGUGCCAAUGCUCUGUCCACAUCCUCCCAUAUAUGGUUGCUUUGCACCACCUUGGUGCUGACCCUUUUGGAAGGUCAAAGGUGACCCCUUUUCUUCGUCAUCUUGGAGGAGAGAGUUCAGACCCACCGUCUGUGAGCUAUACCCUCAGCAUCCAAUCACCAAAGAUUCAUGCAUACUGAAAGCAUCAGGGUCCCCGGAAGGACCACGGACCACGGGGGGAGGGCGGGGUGGAGUUUGUGAAAGCAAGACAAGACAAAAAGUAAUAAAGAACACAUGCUACGUUUCCAUUUGAAGAGACCUCUUUUAUGUAAAACACUCCUCGAUGCAGGACUCGGGAUGAUUUUUAUGAGCACAAGAAAGAGGAGUUUACAUGGGUUGAGGGAAAUCAGUUUGCGAAGCACAAGAAUCCUUUUUGCGGAGAAUUGGAAAAAGUCUUUGGAUGGCAGCGGAACAGACAUAAUGCUGACUUUUUGAAUUUUGAAUACCUUUUCCCUCCUUUCAAGUAGGUGGAAUCAGACCAUUCCUUGUGUAUCUUUAUCUUCAUUUUCUUGCGGUAGAUGCCGAUCGCAACCGUUUUUGUUUUCUCUCUAGCCCAGCCUCACACCACACUUUGGCAUUUCUUCAUCUGCUUGGUGCUCUUCUGUAGAAAAACCUGGAAUCUGACAACAUUUAGUUGUGUCUGCUUAUUCCCCUGUAGCUGCCUACAUAUCUGAUAACACUGUGCUCACGAGUCCAAGUGGCCAAUGGACAGUGUGGUGGCAGGGAAAAAGAAAAAAAAAAAAAAAAAAAAAAAGGCAGAACGAUCAGCAGAGUUGUACACAGCUAGUUCAAAUUUAGGGGGGGGGGGGGAAGAAGAAGCGAGAUGUGUUCAAAAAGAGUUUGGAAGAGAAGAAACAGGCAGGGAGGGAGAGAGGGAUCCGUUUAGUGGCCUGCCUGUGGAUAAGAAGCCACUUUACUUUCUGCCAUGAAACAAAAGUGCCUUCAGAUUACAAACCGAAUCGUGAGCCUGAGUGUUGAUCAACAUUGAACAAGUCUCUGUUCGUGUUUCUUUUUGAUGGGCUAUUUUCUAUCGUUUCUUUUGCCCCACAAGUGCUGAAGGGAAGGCAACGCGUGCUCACAGGGAGUACAGAGGUGGAGCUGCUCAGUGAUUAUAUUCCCCAUGGGACAGUCCGUUGCCUGUGACUCCGUGUGUGUGUGUGUGUGUGACAUGCCUGAGCCGUUGCAUUUUUUUUUAUUAUUAUUAUUAUUAUUUAACGUGAGGGGCAGCCAAUCGGCUACCACACGUUCAGAAGCAAUGUGGAUGAAAAACAGAAACAGUGAGGCUGUGGAUUUGUUUUUUUGUUUCUUCUGGAAGACGGUUGAAGAUCAAGCAAGUGGAUAAAGACAUCUCAAGGAAUGAAUACCCCACUCUCUUCUCAUAAUCCUCCUUCCCUGUGGGCGAGUAUUUUUUAAACAAAAGAGAGAGAGAAGAGCAACUGCUGAAUAAAACAUGGAGUUGUACAGGGAGGGAAGCAAAAACUUUGGAACCGCUGGCUCCUCGCCAGGGUGACGCGGCUCACCCGUCUCCACCCCCCAUUUAUAUGAAACAAUAUCAAAAUAAAAAAAAGGGAUAGUGACCAUAAUAAUAGUCGAGAUAUUUUAUUACUCUAGCGAGAAUGUUUCUCUGCUUUUACACAAACUGUGAAGAUUGACUGCGGAAGAUCUACCUGAGACCAUAACCUUAACCAGCGGGGUUUUUAAAAAAUGUAUUAUAAAAAAAAAAAGAAAUCAACAAUAUCAAGAGUUCCGUUCAUUGCUGGUUUUUGAGGACUUGUGUCUUGUUUCUUUCUUUCUUUAAUUCUUUUUCUUUUCUUUUGUUUUUGAAGAUGACUUAAACUUCCUUUUCUCUUCUUGUUGUCUCCCUUUGCGUUGUUGAAAUAUCAAAAGCCGACGGAAGCAUAAGGAGCAAACCAAUUCGGUAUAUGUAUAACUUGUAAAUGUUCAAGAAGUUCUAUUCAAAGGUUUAUGAUAAAUGUUUUAUGUUGGAGUACGGGAAGCACAACCUACAGUUUAAGGUCUCGACAAUAUAAUAUUCCUUUAUAUUUCUCAACACAUGCGGGGCCUACUCUCACGGAUUCAGGCUUUUCGUCACCCAAGUCCGUGUUCGACAGGAAAUUUUGUCCAUUUUCUACUUAUAUUGUUCAUAUUUAUAAUGCCGCCACUGCAGCCGAGAGCAUAAAUGAAAAAUCUCCAUGAAUGCAGACGUGGUUCAAACAUAUGUAGCCUCUUCGGUAAAAGCCUGGAUUAGUCUGAGUAGGGUGUGUCUGUGUGUGAGCAUAAAGCUGUGUACAAUAGUUGUUAUAAGAAACUGAAACAUGUAAAGAAGAUAAAUAUGCUAUAAGCAAAACAGAGCAGGAUGACAAGCGUUUCAGGGCAUCCAUACAAUAAUGUUUUGGUCUGUAUGAUAUUAUCAGAGAAAUAUGUUUAUCAAAGAUUUUAUCCAUAGAUUUAUGUUUUUGUUUGUUCGUUUUUAUUAUUAUUAUUAUUAUUAUCAUUAUUAUUUUAUUUUAGACAUUUUCAAUUUCAGAUCACACUGAAUGUAUAUGAAGUUCUUGGGCGUUUUUUAACCUUACACUCUGACUAGAUGUAAUGUUUUACUAAAUCACAUUUUUUUUGUGUGUGUUUUUUUUUUUUCUCUGUGUGCUUUUGAUGAUGCAGACUUUCUAGUUUUUUUGAUGCACCAUAAAGCAUAAAAGAUUUGUCUGAUGACAACUUUGAAGCAGUUUUCUCCAAAACUACGAGUUCAGUUUUUUUUAAAAAAGCCGUAUCACUUAAUGGUACGGAGAACAAAAAGUGCCAAAGUAUCCGUGCAAAGUCACUGUUAUUGGUAUCAAUAUGAGUUUAUUAAAAAAUAAAUGCUUUCAUACCCGUAAGCCGUACACCAGAUUGGCACCUAAUGGCCACAACAGCCCCUUUUAAAACAUAAAUGCUUCAACAUUUGAUUCAAAGAUUCCUUUAGGUAAUGAGUGAUUUCUACAUUCUGGGAAACUUGUUUUCUACCGGUACCAGUAUCAUGCUACUAGCAUAGCCUACGACUGAAAACAAGUGAGAAAAAGCAGUUUGUCCAACAACCACAAAAUCUUUUAACAACCUCCUCCAAAACAUUAAAUAAUGCAUUAUAUCUUGUCUGUUUAUUCCUUAAUAAAAUAAAGUGUUUAAAUUCUGAGUUGCCUUUUUUUUCCCCCCUGGGCGAAAGGAAGUUAGUGGGCCUGGACAAAAUAUAAAUUUCUGUUUGUCUAGACUUCAGAUAUUUGGAUUUAAUUUGGCAGUCAGUUCAUUUGUGGGUUCAUUGAGUUAUUUUUGCAAUCACUUGAAAGGGAGGACAUGGAUAUUUUCCACUCGGUCCAAUUUUUAUCGCACUAAGAAAUAGCAUGUUAGCUUGCGAGCUCUGUGACAGACCUCAUCCGAUUUUCAUUUGAAUUUGACUAACUGGAAAUUUACAUUUGACCUAAGUCACUUCACUAGAUGAAAGAUUUUUUUUUUUUUACGCUGCAGCACCAACCAUAUCCCUCGUUUCUAUUUUGGUGCAUUUCGCUAAUUUAAAUCCAUUCUUUUUGCCUUUGUACAUGAGCGGUGUGAUUGUAAAAAGUGGGUUACACUCUGAGCCCUGAUCUACUGUUUGAGUGAAAAUCCCUCCUACCUCCGACUAAGUACCAUUGUUUGAAAUAAUAGGCUUUGAAUAUAUAAACAAUGUGGGUCACUUGUGCUUCUUACAGGUUUUUAAUGAGUUAUCUUAAUGAAAAAGACAUGAGCGAAUCUGUGGGAAGUGAAAAGACUUCAAAAGCAGGACAUUAGUUUUUGUUUAAAAUUAAAACUGGAUGUUAGUAUUAAGUGGCAAAUAUAUUUGGUUUGUGGUUUUGUUUUUUUUCCAUCACAUUUGUGACAUGUAUGUUUUUUGGUUUCUCUUUGAAUAAUAAAAAUAAAAACAUUUCUUCCUUUUCUUCAAUCUACAGCUCCACCCUCUUAUUGACUGGAUCAGCAAGAAUUGAAAUGCAGCAUGUAACUAAAAUAUGAUGCCAUAAACGCUGCACACAAAACAGCAUCAAUGUUUACUUGCUAAUAGCCUUAGCAGAUUUAGAUUUUAAGGAGUUUUCUGGUUGCAUAACAAAGGCAUAUCUCAAAAUUUCUAUUAAAUUAAUAUUUUUGAUUUAAAAAAAACAUUUUUGAAGCAAUAUUUUAGCUUAUUAACUUUAAACUGCAGUUAUCACUGAAUCCCUUUGAAUCUACUUUUUGCUCUAACCCAUUUAAUGUGUCAGCAGGUGUCCUCAGUUCAAUAUCUUGACUUUUCUUCCUGUAACUAUUUAAUUAUUUUUGCUAUAUUGAACCUACUAACACACAUUAAAAAUUGGUAGGAAUAUAUGGAGAAUUUAAGCAAUAAGAAGAAACAUGACAGUACUCCAGUCUGCAGAAAGGACAAACAAUGCUGUAGUGAAACAAACCUGAUGUUUGGGUCAAACCUCUGCAUCAUGCUGGCCACACAUUAGAUAUUACCUUGCAGUAGAAAACAAGUGAUUCAAGUCAACUUUUACUGCAGUCAAAAGGCAAUAACAUUUGGCUGGUGGAUGAGGGCAGGCGUGCUGCAGUAAAUUGUUUUUUUCUGCUAUAAUGCAGUUUCAUAAUCUUUACUGAUAGAGCAUUUUUUUUCAUUCCAGGGAAGAGAGAUAAAGUAACCUAUUGUCAGAUAGGCUUUGGUCCAGGAUUAUCAAAAAAAAACUGCAUAGUCUCAUUGCUGGUCCGUCUUAAAUUUAUUUAUUUUCUCCAAAUAUCUGUUACUUAUUUUGACAUUAGUAGAAAACAUCGAUUGAAAAUGAAACCGUGCAUGAACGUAUCCAGUGCUUUACCUUAAUGCCAUUAAAUUGGAGGUACCGCAGCAUUACAGGGAUGAGGUCUGUCAGGAGCUUUUUUUUUUUUUUUUUUUUGCAGGCAGCAGAUGGAAAAUAAUUACUGCAACAUGAAAUAUGUUCUACCAAUUUCCCAGUUCUUUAGUAAAUGUGAUUAAAUUUAUCCAUGUGUGUAGAACCAUGACAAGCUGCUGUGGGACAAAAUGUAAUUUAUAGGAGGAUUUCUGCCUUAAUUCCUAAAAGUGCAUACCUUGUAAUAAUAUAAAGUGCACAUUGAAACAAACUUAGUUUAAAGAGUGAUGUCCCUUUGUGGCUUCUUUUGUUUUGUUUUUGUUUUUUUUUUUUUACAAGAUCCCCCAAUUACUAUUUUGUCAACUCACAAGUCCUUUUUCUUGUUUUGUUUUACGUCUAAAGACGGUGUCAACCUCUAACACGUCUUUCUGAAAGAAAAUGAUUUCAUUUUCAGUACAACUUAAGAAGGGCUUUGACACAUUGUGUUGUUUACUUCAACACAGUUUAAGAAAACAAACUUUUUCCUCUCGCUCCGAAAUUGUACUGUUUCAGGUCAGAGUUACCAAAACUGUUUCUGCGUGCCAAAAAUAAGAGAAAGUGAUUCUCAGAUUCUUAUUUUUUUUUUAGAAGUUUGCACAUAUUCCUCUAAAAUUAGGUAGAAUUGGGUUUUUACCAGUAAAAACCUGGGCCAGAAAUUUGGCUGUCCUCCCACAAGCUUCUCGCAACAGCUUGCAGAACCUUUGGCCAAUUCCUCCAACAAGAACCGAGUCGGGUUUGCAGGCCGACUCGUGAGCAAAACAUGAGUUACAAGCUGAUUUGAGGUCAGGAAGUGAGAGAAAAACAUUGUCUUUGCGCUUUUCAAGUAAAUCUGCUUUCUCCAACCACGAAAAUCUGAUAUAAUUGUAGCCUCAUGCCCCUUUAUGAGUAGAAAUGCACAACGCAGUCACUUUAGAAAAAUGCAGAGAGCCUUUUAGUGAGACACCAAUGGGCUCAUCUUAAGGGCUCAAAAAGGAACAAACCCUGCAUGAUUUUUUUUUACUAUUAUUGGUGUUUGAAGUUUCAAGUUGUCCCUUUACUAUGGAAAGUUUAACUUUACUGGUAGAGAGAGAGAGACGUCCAGGAUGAAAGUCGGUGCAUUUCGCUGAACGGUGAGAGAGCCGCAGACACAAUAUCCUGUAUUACGCUGUCAGGAAGAAGCGGUAUGUCACCAUUUGAUGCCAUCACCGCUCAGCCAGACAGCUUCACAGGUCGGUAAACUGUCUCAUCACCGCCACAGCGACUCUUACUACAUGUCGAUGGAUUUCCUUCUCUUGUUGUCUUUUAUUUUCUGAUCAGGAAGCACAGGCCAGGCAGAGGCCAUAUAUGUUUUGGAUUUUUUUUCACAUAAAUUCCAGCAUAAAUUAUAAGAUACUAAAAACUAUAAUAUACUAAAGCGUCUCCUUCCGUCUCCCUUCUGAGACAUGAAAACACGAUUAUAAGAAUGAAAUUUGACAUGAGGAAGCUGUGAAUUCAGUGACGUUGUUCAUCUUGUUCUGUGUGGAGACGCCUUGUAACGAUGACCUUGUCAUUCUUCUCUGUUUUGUGCUUGAUAUCUGUUGUAUGAAUGAUCAGGCUUCUUUCUCGUUGUAUUUUCUUUGGAUUUUACCACCCAUUUUGUGCCAUACCUGCAACUAAUGGAAGAAAAAAAUAAAGAAAGGAAAUAUUUUA